UAAUGGGUUCCUUUCUUCCCACCUUUACUGAUCUGUGACUGUGAAAGUUUCGUCCUUUUGGGGCGAAGCUUUAUUGACGUUCUUUCUGAUCUGACAUCCCUGUUGUUGGGGUUGUUUGGGAAGGUUCCGGGAAUUUGUUGGGGCCUCUUCUUGUCCAACGAAUCGCACGCCGCGGUUUUAGGACGAGUGGGCUUUCCGUACCAUAAACAUGGAUUCAGAUCCUGUUCCCGAAGCAAGUGUCUCGGUUGAUGAUGUGGAAACUACUCGCUCAGAGCUUGGGUCAAGCAAUGUUGAUGAUACCGGUCUUGUCAUUUUAUCUGAUGGAGAGUUGAAUGGAGAUAUAGCAAAUGCACAAGAGGCUCUUACAAGGAUUGAAUUGGAUUUGGCCUGUGCAUCGGAGAAGCUAUGCAAUCUAAACAUACUUAUGAUGCAUGUGGCUACCAAGGAAGGUGAACUCGAAGCCUUUGAUUCUGUUGAAGAGGGAGAAAAGUUGUUUGAGUUAAUUGGGAAGGCUUUGCAAUUCGAUUUCUUGUCUGGAUUUCUGAGUUCUGAGGUGAGGGAAUUGGAUAGUCUCCUGAAUUAUCUGAAAAGAGACAUUCUAGAUGCCCGCCAGCUGAUACCUGCCAGUGAGAACCUUGGGAGAGACUUCAUAGAAAUGGAGGAGAAGUUGUGUGAUUCCGAGAAAACUUUGGACCGAUUGCAGGAGCAGGUCAUUGAACUCCUUGAACAGUCUGACACACUCCAGAAGGCUCUGACGGGCUUGCAUGCUGAAGAAACUGGAGAGAUGGAGAAGAGCACGGGUCUUUUCAUGAAUGUUGAAUCAAUGGAUACUAAGAACAAAAUGCAAACUGCUGAACAGCAGAGGCAUUUUUUGAGGAUGCUAGAAAAAUCUCUGGCGAGAGAGUUGGAUCUCGAGAAGAAGGUGUCAGAGUCAAGACUUAUCGAGGAGGAGCUGAAACUAAGAUUACAGUCUGCAGAGCAAGAAGUAUUUUGUUUGGAGGAAGAGAUGGUCGAGUCUCUAGAGAGAUUCUUUCAAGCAGAUAAUGCCUCUGAAGUCCUUCUUGGUAUUUCGAAAGAAUUACUAGGUCGGCUGCAAAUCUUGCAGUUUAACUUGAACAGUUCUGCUCAGCGAGAGGCUGACUUAAGGUUGAAACUUGAGGAUAUCACUGAGAAGUUGAUAGUCAAGGAUGAUGCUCAGCAGAAGCUUGAGAACAGCUUGAAAGCCAGUUUGAAGGAAGCUGAAGAUAAGUUAGUUAUUGCCAAUUCUGAGAUCUCUGCUCUCAAGGAUACUGUCAGCCCGCUUGAGAGGCAGAUCGAGGAAUCUAGAUCCUCUGGAAAUGGAAGUCAAGAACAACUUAAUCGAAUUGAGGAUCUGACAGAGAGAUUGUCCAAAUCGGAAGCCCAGUGCAAAUUACUCACAGAGAAGAAUCUUGAACUUGAGCGGGGGCUGGCAGUUCUCAAAGGCUGCGGAAUUACUCCAGAGAAGGUCAACUUGCUUGAGAAGAGGUUGAGGGAAUCAGACAUUCUGUUGCAACAUGCAGUGGCAUCAGCCGAGGCUAGUGAAGAGAAGCAGAAGAUGUUGUACUCUGCAAUUGAGGAUAUGGAGAACAUAAUCGAGGAUCUGAAGGGUAAGGUCUCGAAGGCUGAGCAUCGGGCAGACAGUGCUGAGCACAAGUGUAUUUUAUUGUCUGAAACGAAUGCAGAGCUAAAUGAGGAACUGAGCUUUCUAAGAAAUAAGAUGGAAUUCUUGGAGGGAUCGUUGACUCGAGCAGAGGAGACGAAGAUGACAAACGCAAAGGACGUUAGGGUCCGGGCUGGUGUGAUGGCAAAUCUGGUCAUGCAACUGGCCAUGGAGAGGGAGCGCCUUCAUAAGCAGAUAUCUUCAUUAGUGAAGGACAACAAAGUUUUGGUAGUGAAGCUGCAUCAAACGAGCAAGGAUAGCGGAACAAUUUUUGGAAAAUUCUCGUCUUCUGAUAAUAAUCCCUUUCCCGCUGCUACUUCUGCUCGAGACCUUAAGGAAGAAGUCACGACUGAGUCUUUGGCUACCUCAAACAAGGUAGAAGAGAAUGUGGAGAACACGUCUACAGGUGAUCAGGAUCUAGGGGAUUCAAUCUCUCAGCUCGAUGCAUCGAGGAGAAUUGAUGCCGGAGUGCUCUCAUUUAAGCACGUUGUUGUCGCAGCUCUGAUCCUGUUGAUGGCAGCAGCAGCUUCUCAGUUUUUCUACCAAUGAAACUGCCCUCGACAAGGAGAGGAGAUUCUUCUUGUCUGAGGUCAUACGGUUGUAGAAAAUUCCAUAUGAAGAGAAAGUUCCUCACCAGUACUAAUAAGCCUGCCAUCUCUGAGUUCCUCGCGCCUUUAAUUAUAUAGCGAUACUCCAAGAGGGAACUGCUGCCACUGAGUUUUUCUCGUCAUUUGCAAUGGAAGCUUUCUGCUUGCCAUAGGUUUUGAUAGAUCCUGAGGUGGAUGCGCCGACGAAGCCUAGAUUACAGAUGUGAAGAUGGAACAGUUUUGUUACGGAAGCAAAAGGGCCUUGCGCUUCCUCAAUAUCUCGAUACUGCAACUGGAAGCAUCUGCUCUUUCGACGGUUUUUGACUGUCAACAAAUUUAGGGCGUCCUUCUUGUACUCAUCCUAUGUGUAGUUAGCUUUCCUUCUCCUUCUUUGUAUACUUAUGCUCUUCUUUGUCUAUCAGGAUCGAGAAGUUGCAAUCGAUGACGUAAGAAAAUCAGCCUCGAAAAAUUUUGAAAGUUUAGAUAAAAAUGGAUUAAUGAUCCAUCUUGUAUCCUUUUUGACACUACUUGUAUCUUAAUUUCUAUUAACUUUGUUGUGAUAUCCAUAUAUAUGGCCUACGUGACUUGAUUUGGUACUUAA